AUGUCUCAAAGGAUUGGUAAUGCUGUACUGGCACUCACUCGAGUGUGGCACCAUGUUGAUGUUGCAGCAGACUCGAGGACUCUUGGUAGACUAGCUUCGCAAAUUGCUAUCACGCUACAAGGUAAACAUAAACCUACAUAUACCCCUAAUAGAGAUCAUGGGGACUACGUUGUAGUUACAAAUUGUGCUCAUUUGAAGAUCACAGGUAACAAACUAAAAGAUAAGACUUACUGGCAUCACACUUCACGUCCGGGAACGUUGAACUUGAUUCCUAUGGAAAGAAUGAUUGCAAAUAAAGGGUACGGAGAGAUUUUGAAAAGAGCUGUCAAAGGAAUGAUACCUAAAAAUAAACAUAGAUUGGUGAGGAUGGACAGAUUGAAAGUGUUUGAUGGAGAUGAGCAUCCAUACAAAGAGAAUCUAAUAGCAUUUGCCGAUGAAAUGAGGGAAGUUAGAGCCAAGAUGGCCAAGUUGGAAGAGAAUGAAACAAAGAGAGCCGAACUUAGGAAAAAGUAUUUAGCUCAUCAAGUAUAG